AUGGUGUGCCUGAUGUAUAGAAUAGGCUCCUAUCUCAUCGCUCCUUGUUCUUCCCGCGCGCGCAGGAGUAUAGCUGAUGGUCUGACGGCCUGGCCGGGUACAAAAUCUCGGUGGCUCUGCAAGACAAGGCUCGUCCGCUCGAUCCGUUGCCGUCGUUUGGACGAGGGACGAAGGCCAGGAACCUGGAUCAAGGCAAAGAAAGGGAAAAAAAGAAAGAAAGAAAACCAAACGAACGGAAGACCCAAUGCCUGGACGAGGGGGGGAAAUAAAAAAAACGACUGGGGACCAGAGGAUGCAGGCAGGCGGUCGAGAGAAAGAGAAAAGCAGCGAAAGAUGGACGAAAACUUGCGUUUGGUCGGAGGGCGAGUUGAGGUUUUGGUGGGAACCUCGGACAAGGUCGCCAUAGUAUGUAUUACGGUUACAGACGGUGUGGAAAACGGUGUUUGCUUUGCGGCGUUGCCACCAAAAAUGUGA